AUGAUUUUCAACUUAUUAAUAUUCGUCACCGGUAUAUUAUGUUGUUCUUGUGAGUUCCUUCCGUCCUAUGAAGAAUAUGUGAAAACGAUUCAGUCGGAUCCACUUUUCAUCAAUAAUGUCCUGCCUCCAGGACUGAAUCUGACCACCACUUCGAGUGAUACGCCACUUAGCAGCUACGAGAAGUUGACGGUACCUGAACUAAUCGAGUACUAUGGAUAUAAAUCCGAAAUUCACCAUGUAGUAACGGAGGAUGGUUACAUUCUCGAGAUUCACAGGAUAAGUGGCAACCGAAAACUUAAUUCAAGUCGACAAGAUAAGCCGGUGGUUUUCCUUCAACAUGGCCUACUAACCUCGUCUAUAGAUUGGGUCUUAGCGGGACCUAAGAAAGGUCUUGGAUUCCUCCUUUCCGAUGCAGGCUACGAUGUGUGGAUGGGUAAUAGCCGAGGCAAUAUUUACUCUCGAUAUCACGAGAGCAUGUCACCGGAUAGACGAGAGUUUUGGGAAUUCGAUUGGCACGAAAUGGGAUUAUACGACUUACCAGCGUCGAUCGAUUACGUUUUGAAGCAAACCAACCGCCAUAAACUUAUAUACGUGGGUUUCAGCCAAGGUACCACGUCGUACUUCGUCAUGACCAGCAGUCGACCCGAGUAUAACGACAAAGUCGAGGCGAUGUUUGCGCUUGCACCCGUCGCUCAUUGCAAGGGAAUGUUUAGCCCUGUUAUGCGGUUUCUCGCUAAAAUGAGGAAACCAUUGCUUUACCUCAUGAUGGGCCUUCGAGGUGAAUUCAAACCGACCAAUUACUUUUUCAAGUGGUUUGGUUCACAACUCUGUCAAAGUGGAUCGAUCUUACAACCUGUAUGCGUCAAUUCCUUUUUACUAAUCGUCGGUAUCGAUUGGACUGAAUUCGAUACGCUGCUGCUACGACACAUUUUAUACCAAGUCCCAGCGGGAGCGAGCAUUCAGCAGUUUAUGCAUUAUGCUCAUCUAAUAAGUAAAGGUGGUUUUCAAUCGAUGAAAGGUAUCGAGUACAAUUUAAAAAAAGUUACGAGCAAAGUAUUUUUGUACCACAGUAAAAAUGAUUGGCUUUCUAGCGUAUCAGAUGUUAAGAGAUUAUCUAAUAUUCUACCAAACUUGCAAAAAAGAUUCCUCGUGUCUUACGAGUAUUUUAAUCACAUUGAUUUCUUGUGGUCAAAACACGUAAAGGAACUAGUGUACGACAAAAUAAUCAAAGAUAUGUCUCAGUUAAUAAGCCCAUAG